AUGCCCACCUCCCAGCAUCCAGCACCUCCCGGUAUUCGGCAUCCCACCUCCCAGUAUCCGGCAUCCCACCUCCCAGCAUCCCGGUACCACCUCCCAGCAUCCCGGCAUCCAUCUCCAGCCAUCCCACCUCCCGGUAUUCCGGCAUCCCACCUCCCGGUAUUCCGGCAUCCCACCCCAAACUAUCCCAGCAUCCCACCCACUAUCCCGGCAUCCCACCCCACCUCCCGGCAUCCCAUCCCACAUCCCGGACAUCCCACCUCCCAGCAUCCCCGGCAAAUCCAAACCUCCCAGGCAUUCCCGUCAUUCCCACCUCCCAGCAUCCGGCCAUCCCACCUCACAGUCAUCCGGCCAUCCCAUCUCCCAGCAUCCGCACCCACCCCAACUAUCCCGGCACCCAUUCCCCCCCCUAUCCCGGAGAAUCCAACCCUCCCAGCAUCCCGGCACCCACCUCCCCAGCAUUCCCGGCCAUCCCAACCUCCCAGCAAUCCCGUGGCAUCCCAUUCCAGUCAUCGGCCAUCCACCCCAACUAUCCCGCAUCCCAUUUCCCCCCCCCCUAUUCCCGGCAUCCCACCUCCCAGCAUCCCGGCAUCCACCUCCCAGAUCCCGAUCCAUCUCCCCAGCAUCCGCAUCCCCAAUCUCCCAGCAUCCCGGCAUCCCACCCCAACUAUUCCCGGCAUCCAUCCCCCCACCCCCUAUACGGAUCCACUCUCCCAGGCCGCAUCCCGGCAUCCCACCUCCCAGCAUCCCGCAUUCCCACCUCACCAGGGACACCCGGACCCAAUCUCCCAAGCCAUCCCGGCCAUCCCACCCCAAACUAUCCCGGCAUCCCAUCCCCCCCCCCCUAUCCCGGAAUCCCAACCUCCCAGGCACAUUCCCGGUGCCAAUUCCACCUCCCAGCACAUUCCCGGCAUGCCAUCUCCCAGCAUCCCGGCAUCCACCCCAACUAUUCCCGGCAUCCCAUUCCCCCCCCCCCCUAUCCCGGCAUCCCACCUCCCAGCAUCCCGGCUCCCCCACCUACCAGCAUCCCGGCAUCCCAUCUCCCAGCCAUUUCCCGUCAUCCCCAUUCCCAGCAUCCCGGAUCCCAACCCAAACUAUCCCGGCAUCCCAUUCCCCCCCCCUAUCCCGGAAUCCCACCUUCUCCCAGCACCAUCCCGGCAUCCACCUCUGCCGAGCGUGGCUGUCCCGCAUCCCAUGUGUCUCCCAGGCAUCCCGCGGCUUCCCACCUCCCAGUAUUCCCGCCAUCCCAUCUCCCAGCAUCCCGGCAUCCCAUCCGGCCAACUAAUCCGGCAAUCCCACCCCCCCUAUCUCCGGGAUCCCACCUGCCAGCAUCCCGGCAUCCCACCUCCCAGCAUCCCGGCAUCCCAGCCUCCCAGCAUCCCGGGAUCCCAUCUCAGCAUCCCAGGAGCAUCUGCGAGCUACACACUUCCAAAACGGCGUCAUAAAUCAUCAUUCAGUGAUUCAUUGUCAUUAUUCAUCCUCCAGUCACUACAACCCAGAGUUCCAUGA